AUGGAAGUAGAUUCUAAAAAAGAUAAAGAAAUUUUGAUUAACGGUUUAAUCGGUCAUUGUUUGAUUUCUAUUCUUAGAAUUAUAACUAUGGUUGUUGAGUAUAACAUCAAUGAACAAUACCAAUCAAGCCUUAGGAUAAAAGGUAUUUUCUUUGAUAAUAUUUUUAUUUCUGCUAUUCUAGCUGAGUUUUUUCUUAUCACAAUUUCAACUAUAAGAUACCCGUUUUACAAAAAUAUAAAAUUGUGGUUUGUUUUAUACGGUAUUAUUAUGUAUGAUUUUAUUCUUUCAUUUAAAACACUUUUUAUCAAUUCAUUCACUAACUAUGUCGUUUUAAUGGUAUUUGCUUUCAGUUUUAUUGCUGAGUAUUUUGUGUACAAGUUGUGUAAAUUUACUGUUAAAAAGUCAUUUUUUAUAAAAUCUUUUAGGUUGAAUGUUGAUAUUAAAGUUUAUAAUGCUUACAUGAAUAGGGAAAACAUUUUCUUAAUUGGUAUUCUUUUAUUAUACAAAACAAUUAUAUUCAUUAGUAGGAAUAUUUUACUGAUCAUUAGUUUAGAUAUUGAAAAUGAUGUUAUUGAUGAAUAUAAUUUUUACAGUAAAUCCAUGGUCGUUUAUAGUUUUAUUACCGUUAGUGUCAAUUGUUUUACUACAGUUAUCAUUCAAUACAAAUUAAAAGAUGAGAUUUUCUAUAUUAGGAUAAUUCUAAUUCUUUUAGCAUUGGUUAAUAUUUUUAGUCUUCCUGUGUUAUUUUUUUUGUUAUAUAUAAAAGAUGCUAUCGUAGAUAUUAAUAACUUCUUAAGAAUUUCAAGUGGUAUAUUAUUCUCUUUUAUUUACUUAGAUAUUUUUCUUGUAUAUUACACAUAUAAAGACAUUCAAAAUUUAGAUAUCGGUGUUACUGAUGUUCAAGUAACAAAAAAUUAUGAAAAUUAUAGAACGAAUUAA